CCACCCCCCUUCCUUGACCUUCACCGUUCGGCAGCAAGAGGCCCGCCCACCCUCUUGAAAAUCUGAAUUUCUGAAAACUUUAUUUGCAAGUUGUUUGUUUUGUAAUUUUAAAAUUAAUUUCAUGUACAUAUUGGUGUAAAUUUGCAGUGCGUACUUCGUUCCCCUCCUCCGUAAGAAAGAAAAAGUUAUUUUUGAGCUAAGAAGAUCCCAAAAAUAAAUAUCAAGAUUUAUCUUUGUAUUUUGUAUGUAGUGUCUACAAAAAGAAGUUGUUGGUUCUUGACUAGGUUGCCCUUCCAAGUGUGCGUUUAAAUUAUUGCAAUGGAGGUUGGCUUUGCUAAUGGAACAAUAACACUGGACAGUGACAAAGCUGUAUACUAUCGUGGACAAUUCAUUACUGGAAAUGUCAGCUUUAGGCUGGGGGAGCCAGUUAAUGUAUCAGCGAUUAAUAUCCAGUUUUUGGGCAUGGCCCAAGUGAUAUGGUCGGAACGUGAAGAACACAAACAGCAUGGAAGGAGUUUUGAGACGACUGUGCAGUACAAAGCGGAGGAGCAGUAUUUCAAUGUUGUGCAGUGCUUAUAUGGCGGGCAGGGUGUAACCCAACUACCACCAGGCCCUCAUUCAUUCCCGAUCCAGUUCCAAAUACCGCCAACUGUGCCCUCAUCCUUCCAAGGGGAGAGGGGGCAAGUGGAUUACGAAAUUAGGGCAACUAUGGAGUACCCAAUCCAGAAAAGGGAUGAACUUGUGAAACUGUUUACAGUGGUUGUACCUACUGACUUGAAUAAGGAAGACCCUGAAAUAGCUAAACCGCAAACCCUAUCUUUCGAAGAAGUGUUUAGCUGCUCCUGCAGCCCCCGGCCUCUGACGAUAAAUGUGGGGCUUCCUGUGGCUGGCUUCUGCCCGGGGCAGGUCAUACCGGUCACGGUGAAUGUAAAGAACAAGGCAAAUCGUAAAGUGAAGAAGGUUAUACUGCAGAUUGUCACACGCACCCGCUACCACAGCCAGCAACCAGUGGCCAAGUACACGACGCCAGAAGAAGUGCUCGCGUCAACCAAAACCAAACCUGUGCUCAGCAACAUGGAGCGUCACUACUCGUGCGAGCUCCAGUUGCCUGCUUUUAUAGCGCCUAACUUGGACAGCUGCGGUAUCAUGGAUAUCGGGUACUUCUUCAAGGUGGUAGUCAAAUUGUCAGGAUGCACCGACGACCUGGAAGACGCAGGUGAAAUCUUCAUGGGGCAGAUACCGCUGGCCAACUUCACGGACGGCCGCUACGAGCAUCCCAUGGCACACAGCCUGCCUUCGGGGCCGGUGCCAGAAUACUUCCCUCAAUCAGAGCCCGCGACGACCCAAAUCAAUCCAGUCAAUGCGUUCCACACUCAAUCCGUUAACCCACAAGUCAACAUGUACCCAGGUUACCAACAUCCUCAAGCUAAUGUAUACCCGGGUGCGGUACAUCCACCAUCGAAUCAGGUCAGUGCGUACCCAGGAUACCCACAGCAGCCUCUGAUAAGCCCCACGGCACCGGUCCUGGAUGCUUACCCUCCCACCUCGAGUGUAAGCAAUCCCAUGUACGAUAUGGGCUUUAGAGCGCCAGGGUAUCCUGGUCAACAGUAGGGAUGCACGGAGAUCCGGUUCUGCAAAAUAUAAUUGAGAUAUAAGAUGUAGGUCUUAAGCCAGGCCAGCAUUUUUACGUAAUAAUUACGUUUUAGAGAUUUCGAUCAGUCACAGACCAAAAUAAAGAAAAACGAGUUUAUCAACAUAUUUGCGACGUACUUAGAGGUAAUUAAUUUAUAAUUUCUUUAAAUUAAAAGACUGAUUAUAAAACAAUCAAUGUUAGAUUUAACAUCAGUAAACAAUACAAAAAUAUACCAAAUUAUGUUCGGAAUCUCUAAAUUUAAUAGUUAAAUCUCAAUAAUUUAUUAAUGAUGCGAAAUUGAUUGAUUGCUUUAUUAGAGUAGGCGCACACCGUUUAUUUUUAGUUGGCCGAUAGUUGUGCCCGAUUUUAAAUUGUAUGAAGAAUCGGCCAAAUCGAAUCGGCGUAGUGUGCGCACUCCCAUACAUGCCCAUACUGAUCAACUGCCCGACUACUAUCGGUCGACGUAAAAUCAACGGUGUGCGCCUACUCUUAGGCUUGAAAUAUGUCUUACUUGUUUAC